UACUCUUAUCGCUAUGGAUGAAGACUGUUUUUUAGACUUUGAAUAUUCUGAUGAUGAUAGUACAAGUUAUAUUGCUGAAACAUUAACUGAAGCAAGCAUUGCAUCUGAUGGCCUUGCAUCAGAAUAUGACAUUGAAUUACAAUCGUUUACUUUUGAUUGUGUUGGAUUUAAAAAUGCACACAUAAUUGCUAAUGCUAAUGAUGAGGAGAUUUGUGAAGAAAUUACAUUAGAAGAUAUCAACUGCCAUAUGGCUAGGGAAAGAGAUGAUGAUGACUUUAGUAUAGUUUCAGAGAUGAGUGAAGGGAGUAAGUACAGUAUUGAGGAUAUGAGAGAUGGUACUAGUCUAACUCCUUGUGUACUUCUGGAUGUCAUCAAUGGAUGUAUUCAGCAUUGCUCUGUCAGGUCAAAGAAGUAA